UGGUUACAUCCCUAAAUGACAAUAACACCCUUAAAUAAAAUUUAAUUCCCAAUUCAACCAGAAUCUUUGCAAUCGCUCUCUCGUAACAGUUCUUCUCGAAGCAAUUUUGAAACAAACAAGUGGGAGACUGUUCUUUUGAUCUGGAGUGGACUCAACACACCUAAUUGACUUAGAAGGAUGAGCGAGCUUCUUUUCGAUGACUUUUUUAAGAUUGUGGAUGUAAACCCAAAUGGUGAAAAGUAUGACAAGGUUUCUCGGAUUGUUGCACGUAGCGAGAAGCAUGGCAUGCACAUGCUUCUAGAUGUAAAUACAGAGAUUUAUCCUAUGGACAGAAAGGAAAAAUUCUUGCUGGCUUUAUCUCCAUCUCUUGUUUUAAAUACCAAGGAUGGCCCUGUUUCAAUUCAAGAAAAGUUUGAAUAUAUUAUGUAUGGAAGGUUAUAUGACAUUAAAGCUGAUGGACUUUCACGUUCCCCACCUGAAGUGGAGGUAUAUGCAUCAUUUGGUGGACUUCAGCUGAUGCUGAGAGGCGAUCCUUCCCACUGUGUCAAGUUUGCAGUCGAUCAGAAGUUGUUUUUACUAAUAAGGAAGCUUGAAAGUUGAACUGAUGAUCAUUACCUGUUGCUGAAAUGAUAAACACACUAGCAUCAUCAAGUUCUAAGUAAUUUAUCAUCUUGUGUUGGUAAUUUGUUUAAGAUAAGUUGUGUAGCAUGUAUUUUGGGAGAUUAAAUUUUGGCUUUGGAUGGUUUGCUGAAGCUUUUUUGAGCAUAUUAAUCUUUUAGGUAUGGAAAUACUCUAAAAUUUCAGAAUUUAAUUCAGAACAUUUUUACAGG